CUGGCGAUCCUAUCAGUACCGAACGUGCCGUGUCCGGAGAAAGUGCUUCCAACACAAUCCCUUGAACCUGUAGACUAGCUAGUGAGACAAAAUGCAGAAAACCGUGUUUGUCCUGGCUGCCUUGGCGGCAAGCUUGAUUCCACUGAUCAGUGGCCACGGCAUGGUGCUGGAUCCGAUAGCCCGGGGUUCCCGGUGGCGUUGCAGUGGGAAGGCUCCAAGGAAUUACGACGAUAACGGGUUGUAUUGCGGGGGAUACUUUACGCAGUGGGAUAAGAACGGCGGGAAAUGUGGCCUGUGUGGGGACAAUUAUGCCGACGAAACGCCCAGGAUGAACGAGUUGGGCGGCACCUACGGACAGGGAGAGAUUGUGCAGCAAUACCGGAAGGGUGGCGUUAUAGACGUGAAGGUCAUGGUCACCGCCAACCACAUGGGACACUUUGAGUUUAACCUGUGCGAUCUGGAUGAAGCGAUGGGCAACGAAACGGAAGCGUGCUACGGACAGUAUCCGCUGCUGGACGCCAAAGGGAAUCGAAAGUGGUACCUCCAAUCGGCAGCGACUGGUGAAUAUCUGGUCAAGGUGCAGCUACCCAAAGAGCUGACCUGCGAGCACUGCAGCUUGCAGUGGACUUAUGUGGCAGGAAACAACUGGGGCUGGUGUGGUGACGGUACCGGAGCCCUUGGUUGCGGCCCCCAGGAAACGUUCCGGACGUGCUCGGACAUUAGCAUUCUCGAAGGCAGUGACGUUCGGCUGUACGAGGGCUUCGACUACUGCUCGCGGGCGUCGCGUUCGCUCAAUUCGAUUUCCGUCGACGAGAUUCCCGAAUCGGACGUGGAGGGGCAAGAUUAGGCGAAGUUGUGGUGUACAGAUAUCAAUUAAGUUGUGUUGUUGUGAAUGUCAUUGUUAUCAUCGAAUAAAUAGUGCGUCAAUCUCGUA